CCCAAUAAAUUUAGAGAACAUUUCCUUCUUAAAUUCUGGAGACAAAGAGUCGGUCGGUUCGCAACGGGUCACCGACGGGCGGCGGAGAGUCUGAGAAGCCUUCACACCGGCCGGCGGCGGAGACGAGUUUAAUUUGAAUCCAAAAAGACUCAAAAGGGCUCUCAUUCUCACAGUUGGGAUAUCGUAAGGACGACCCAAAACUGGAGCAACCACUCAAGAGCAUAAUAUGUCGAAGUCGUGCAAGGGCUUAGCGAUGGAACUGGUGAAAUGCCUCAGUGAAUCUGACUGCGUCAAAGUUCAGAAUCGGCCAUACAGAGAAUGCGCAAAGGAGACGAGUCCAUGUAUUUCUAGUGAGUGUGUUGGGUUGAGAGAGACAUACUUCAAUUGCAAGAGAGGACAGGUUGACAUGAGAGCUCGAAUACGCGGAAAUAAGGGCUACUGAGACAAUGGUUUGUUUGAAGAAGGAUUGUUACUUUCAUUAAAAACCAUUACGUGUUAAUGAGCUUUAGCUUCAUAACUUUUUCGGCGUAUGCGCGCGCGCGACAUGUACUUGUGGUGCGAAGAUUUUGCAGAAAGCAUUUGGUAAGUCUUUUGCGUAGGGAUAAGCACGAUCGACUCUCUUUACGGGUUCAAGCUCUAUCUUGUAUUGUGAAGAUAUAUUGUCAAUAGAAUUUUUAAUUCACAGUUUAUAUAAGCCAGUGUUUAUGGAGGCGAGACAAAGGGGGACGAAAUCCCAAACACUAGUCGCCUAGCCAAAGUAUGUGCAAUCACAUUAUUAGAGAGGUUCUAGGAACAAAAGAUAAGUAAAAGA